UGGUCUGUUUGCAAUCCAAAGUUUAGUUAGCUAUAGUAAUACGACAGCUCGAGUCGCAGACAGACAGGCACAAAGCCCGUGGUCGAGACAAAAAAGCUCUCGCAGACAAUACGCUAGCUAAUCGCGCAGUGAACCUUCGUUCAGGCCCUUCAAAUACCAGUGGUGUGUCGUGAGAAGCCAUGGCCGUCGCAGCUGCUCAGAAGAACCGCGAAAUGUUCGCCAUCAAGAAGUCAUACAGCAUCGAGAACGGUUACCCGUCUCGUCGCCGCUCGCUCGUAGACGAUGCCAGGUUCGAGACACUGGUUGUCAAACAGACCAAACAAAGCGUAUUGGAAGAAGCACGCGCCCGCGCCAAUGACUCUGGCUUGGAUUCCGAUUUUAUCCAAGACGGGAUUCUUAUUGGCAAUGGUGAUAACUCGCCGACUGUCGAAGAUGGCACCCAACAAGACGAGACUAAGAAUGGUCACCUCGCUGAUGCUGAUAUCGGUGAUGAUGCUGGAAAAACGGACGAGGAUUAUACUCUGACCGAGGAAGAAAUAAUUCUGCAAAAUGCAGCAAGUGAAUCUCCCGAGGCAGAGCAGGCUAUGCAACAAGCCGCGUUACUGCUACGCAUGCGAGAUGGAAUGGGCUCACUGGCUCGCAUCCUCAAGACCAUCGAUAACUACAAGGGAUGCGUGCAGCAUCUCGAAACUCGUCCUUCCCAGCUGACCGGCGUCCAAUUCGAUGCCCUCGUCAAAGUUAGCAUGUCUCGCAUCAACUUAUUGCAACUUAUCAGAUCUCUUCGACAGUCAACCUCUUUCGCUGGAGUUAACCUCGUAUCUGAGAACAACAUCUCAAGCAAAACCCCAUGGUUCCCGCGCCAUGCUUCGGAUCUCGAUAACUGCAAUCACCUUAUGACCAAAUUUGAACCUGAAUUGGAUAUGAACCAUCCUGGUUUCGCGGACAAGGACUACAGGGAGCGAAGGAAGCAAAUAGCCGAAAUCGCUUUCGCUUACAAAUACGGAGACCCAAUCCCAUCUAUUACCUACAAGGAUUCUGAGAACGCUACUUGGCAGCGAGUAUUCAACACUGUAUUGGAUCUUAUGCCUAAGCACGCCUGCAGAGAGUACAAGAUUGCAUUUGGAAAACUGCAGGCGGCAGACAUCUUCGUGCCGCAACACAUUCCUCAGCUCGAGGAUGUGAGCAACUUCCUCCGCAAGCACACCGGGUUCACGCUGCGCCCUGCUGCUGGUCUCCUCACUGCUCGCGACUUCCUUGCUUCCCUUGCAUUCCGUGUCUUCCAGUCGACCCAGUACGUUCGCCACGCCAACUCGCCGUUCCACACCCCAGAACCUGAUUGUAUUCACGAGCUCCUCGGACACAUACCUCUAUUGGCUGACCCCAGCUUCGCCCAGUUCUCACAAGAGAUUGGUCUCGCAUCUCUUGGCGCUUCGGACGCUGAAAUUGAAAAGCUCUCUACUGUGUACUGGUUCACCGUUGAAUUCGGACUGUGCAAGGAGAACCAACAGCUGAAGGCGUACGGUGCCGCUCUCUUGUCCUCAAUUGGCGAAUUACUGCAUGCUCUCAGUGACAAGCCGGAAUUGAGGCCUUUCGAGCCAGCAUCCACCUCUGUACAGCCCUACCAGGACCAGGAAUAUCAACCGAUCUACUAUGUAGCCGAAAGUUUUGAAGAUGCCAAAGAUAAAUUCAGACGCUGGGUGUCGACCAUGUCGCGUCCUUUCGAAGUGCGCUUCAACCCGCACACGGAGCGCGUGGAGGUGCUUGACUCCGUGGACAAGCUGGAGACACUCAUCUGGCAGCUGAACACCGAAAUGUUGCACCUUACCAACGCCGUCAAGAAGCUCAAGGACUCUCAUUUCGAGUAAUCAGCCUACCCGUAGUACACUUCAAUGGUUCAUUGCACGCGGCCUCGCCGCAUUCUGUAUAGCUAGUGAUAUAAUAGAUGUAAGACUGUUGUUGGCGUGUGUGGAGCGUAUGUGCGAGCGAUUGUGAAAACCAUCCGAUGGUACUUCGUUGAAUUCCUUUUUGUACCUUAUUGUAUUAUUUAUUAUGCCAGCUCAUUGCCUGGGUCUCGAAGACUGCACAGAAUCCCGAUUGCCCAUUUACGGAACCUGUGCCCGUUUCUCGAGUCCCUUACUAUUAUUAGUAUUAAUUUAUAAUUUAAUGAAACACAAAUAAAUAAAAAAUGGAGCACCAAAAAUAUAUAAAAA